AUAAGACAGCACGGCAUCCCUAAUCGCAGCAUUCGCCGCAUUUUUACCCGCUUGGUUGGUUGUUGGUUGUGUGAGGCGAGGCAAAAGAUUCGAGCUUUCCUUGGCAGGUAAAAAACCUUCUGGGAAGUAUCCGUGUUUGAAGUGAAGGAAAUUACAAGUUUUGCCAAAACCGGCUGUUUUUAGUGCUUCCGUCCACCAGUCAGCGUGUUUGAAGCGGACAUUUCCCUUCGAUCGACAACUAAAUUCCUCCACGGAAGGUUCACACUUUUCAUCAAAUCCAAUAAGCAUUUACCAAAAAAAUGACUGGAACUGAGAGCAACGCUGUCAAAGCCGUCGGAUCUAAUUCUGACAGCGAAGACCAGAUGCCAGACUUUCUGGACGACCCAGCUUAUAUGUGUUCGGCGUCCCGUCGAAUGAUGAUGAAGGAAGUGAUCAAGGCGCUCCCCGGAAAUGUUCAACACAAAAUCAACGCCUUGAAGCAUUUGCAGAAGAAAUAUCUCAGCCUGGAAGCGAAGUUUUUCGAGGAAGUCUACGCCUUGGAGUGCAAGUAUCAGGCACUUUACCAACCGCUCGUCGACCGCCGGAAGGCCGUCAUUGCAGGGGAAACUGAAUUGGAAGCUGGUGAAGCGGAAUGGGAAGACGAAAGCGACGACGAGAAGGAGAUGGAUGCUGAAGUGACGAAGAGAUUCGAGCGUAUGGCACUGAACUACAAAAACCAACACUCGAAGGUCAUUAAGGAAUCGAAGGGCAUUCCAGCCUUUUGGUUGACCGUUUUCAAGAACACGCAAACCAUGGCUGACAUGAUCCAACCGCAUGACGAACCGCUUCUGGAACAUCUAACCAACGUGAACAUUGUCUACAAGACGGAUCCGAUGAGCUAUGUGCUGGAAUUCCACUUCUCGCCAAACACUUACUUCAAGGACGCUGUUCUGACUAAGACGUACUUCAUGCGCUGCCAGGUGGACGAAGAGGAACCAUUCAGCUUUGAAGGUCCUGAAAUCUACAAGUGCACCGGAUGUACAAUCCAGUGGAACCCGAGCAAGAACGUAACGGUCAAGAUAGUCAAGAAACAGCAGAAGCACAAACAGCGCGGUGUGAUCCGCACUCUAACCAAGACUUUGCCGAACGACUCGUUCUUCAACUUCUUCAACCCUCCGCAAGUGCAGGACGACGACAAGAACGUCGAUGACGAAACUCAGAUGCUGCUCGCUUCGGACUUUGAAAUUGGCCAUUUCCUGCGGGCCCGUAUUAUUCCGAAGGCUAUCCUGUACUACACCGGUGAGGUGAUGGAUGAGGACGAUGAUGGUGAGGAGGAAGAAGAGGAAGAGGAAGAGGAGGAGGAGGAAGGAGAGGAAGAAGGUGAGGAAGAGGAGGAGGAGGAGGAAGAAGAGGAAGAGCGACCGGCGCCAAAGAGUCGGAAAGGUGGACGUGGCGGUGGCGGCAAAAAACCCAAGGAUGGUCAGAAUCCGGCCGAAUGCCAACAACAGUAGGAGAGGGAUUAAUUCUAUGAUUUUUUUUUAUUUCCAUAUUAGCUUAUUUGAAAUGAUAUGUUUAAUUGUUCGCAAACCUUAACUCACACAAACAAUUCACGAUAUACCCAGAAACGCGCAUGAAUAUAAAAUUGCAUAAUGAUUAUAUUAAACAAGUUGAAUACGGAAGCUGUUGAUUGCUAGAAUCGAUAAAUUGGAAAAUAUCUUCCGAUUUACGAUGUAGUGCUGCACCGAAACUCCUGACAUUAUUGUUGACACAAUAUUUAUAUGGCAAAGAAUGCUUGUAAUAAUCCAAACUCGCAUUGCACUUUCCUCGAACUCGGUAUUUGUAAAGUUCAAAUCAGCUAAAUCGACAGCAUCGAGCAAUUCCCUGAAUUGAGAUUUGAGAAAAUGUGUACUAAUAAAAACCUUCCCUACUUGUAUUUUAAAA